AUGUUCAGGUUAAAAAAUGUGCGUAAAUAUUUUAGAAAAAAUUUAAAGAAUUUUUGCCAAUCCACUUCACUGCAUGGCUUCAGCUAUAUAGCUCGUACCGAUUUAACAAAAACUGAGCGAAUGUUUUGGAUAAUUGCGAUCUUUACGGCGAUAGUAACUUGCGUGGCUUUGGUGUUGGCCACAUACUUUUGGAAUUUUAACAUUCCAACUGUUACUGUAAUUGACAGUUCACAUUAUCCCAUUUGGCAGGUGCCGUUUCCGGCGAUAACAUUAUGUAAUUUCAAUAAAAUAUCAAAACGGAAAGCUCUUCAAUUGCUUAAGAUAAUGAGAAGGCCCCCAAAUAUUACAGAGCCUCAAAUUUUAAAUUCAUUUCAAAUGAUGGUGCAUUAUAAAACAUCUCGCAGCGAUUUUCAUUUAAAUAUUGAAUUAAUGGAAAAAGUAUUAAAAUUGAAUAAUUGGACUUUGGGAGAUUUAAGAGAGAAGCUAAUGCCCAAUUGCUUGGAAAUGAUGAUGAAAUGUGUGUGGAAAGGAUCUGAGCAAAGAUGUGAUAAUUUAUUUCAAAGGAUCCCUACACUGAAAGGACAAUGUUGCUCCUUUAAUUACUAUGGCGAAUACAAAAACAACUUUCCGGUAAAAAUUCACUAUCAAAUUCCUAAGCAUCCCUAUCGAGUAACUGGAUGCGGUUAUACGACUGGCCUCACUUUAUUGCUUGAUCCUAUGGUUGAUGAUUAUAUUGCCAGCGGCUUUAGCGUUUAUGGCUUCAGUUUAGUAAUACAUGAUCCGUACAACAUGCCUGAUGAAAAUGCCGAAACGAAAUUAGUGACAUCAUCUACAGAGGGUUUCAUUCGAAUUAGUCCAGAAUCCACUUAUGCCACUGAAAGUGUACGGGAGAUGGAUGUAAAUUUAAGAAAUUGCUUGUUCACCAACGAGCGUACACUUCGCAUCAUGCAACGCUAUUCCUUCGUUAAUUGCCUGGCUGAAUGCCGCAUUAACUAUGCUCAGAAGAAAUGCAACUGCGUAUUAGUAACAGAAAAUUUAUUCAAAGAUGAGAAUAAAACAGAAUGUAGCGUAAGAGAACAUCAUUGUCUAAUGGAAAAUAAUGAAAUUUUCAAUAAAGUGUUUAAUGAUUUCAACAAGACUUUGCUACGUAUCCAAAGUCCGAGUACGACAAAUUUUCCUUGCAAUUGUCGGCCCGAUUGCGAAUCCAAUCAUUACACAUCUGAACUAUCGUCAGGCAAAUUGAACUUGAAAUUAUCCGUUAAUGCAAGCAAUAAAAAACCGGUCACCUAUAAAAAUGAUAACAUUUUAUUGCAUGCUUUCUUCGGUGAUUUAGUGGCGACACGUUAUCGACGAGAAAUCUACACAACAGAGUUAUCGGAUUUAGCUAACUUUGGCGGCAUAUUGGGUUUGAUUACAGGAAUAAGCAUUGUUUCUGCUUUUGAGUUUAUUUAUUACUUUACAUUACGUCCAAUAUUUAAUUAUUUCAAUAAUCGUUUCGCUGAUUUGUAA